AUGGUGGCACAUCGACUGAGUACCGACAUAUUGGAACCAACUAGCAGAACGUGCCUGCCCGUUUCUACAUCCCUGACUCACAUUGACUUAGGGGAAGUGCUUGAAACGCCCAACCAGGAGAAGGCAACGCUGGCACCGAGAACUCAGCAAGUAUUGGCCAAAUGA